AUGAAGACAAUAUGCUAUUUGGAUACAGAGCAAGAACUGGUUUUACCUGAGAUUGGAUAUCAAUUACUGAUCAAUUAUUCUGAACAAAUCAAGAAAUGGGGUUGGAUUUGUAACUUUCAUGCUCAGAGUUCAGUGUCCUUUAAGAAGAAUCUGAAUUUUCUACACAAUCAACCAUCUGUUGCUACACUCAUUGCAGUGCCAUGUAUUUUGGGUGUGAAAUUAAACGAUGCAGAUCUCCUAGAAUUUCUAAAACAGCUUGCUGAUACUGAUGGAUCAUCUAUACUACCACCAGCUGUUGUUCGUGUUCUAAAUACCAAAGCUUGCAGGGGUGCAAUAAUGUUUGGUGAUGCACUACUCCCUUCAGAAUGUUCUCUUAUAGUUGAAGAGCUCAAGAAGACUUCAUUGUGUUUUCAGUGUGCUCAUGGAAGGCCAACAACUGUGGCACUUGUGGACAUGGUGGUGCUGCAUAAACAGAUUGGUAAGCUUGGAAAUUGGAACCGUGGUUCAUGUGGGUCAUGGCGUGGGUUGAGCCGACAUAGACCAAGUCUCGAGCGUGCAACUCAACGGUUAGGUCAAUGAUAAAGUAUAAACAUAUCUUUCCAUCAAAUCUUGUCUUUUUAACAAAUGAGUUUCACAUGUUUCAUGUUUCAUGUUGCAUCUACUUUUAGAGAAAUAAAAACAUGUUCAGUACUUUUGGCAUUUUCUAUUUUUUCAUUUCUUAUAUUAGGGGUU